AUGAAGAUCGCUAUAGAAGGCUGUUGCCAUAACCAAUUGGAGUUGAUUUAUAAAACUAUUGAUUACAUAGAGAAAAAAAAACAAAUCAAAAUUGAUCUAUUAUUAAUAUGUGGAGAUGUCGAGACUAUACGAAAUAAGUCAGAUUUAGAUUCCACUAGUAUGCCAGAUCAAUACAAAGAAAUGGGCACGUUUUAUAAAUAUUAUUCAGGUGAACUUAAAGCUCCAAUUCCGACAAUUUUUAUUGGCGGGAAUCAUGAAGCGAGCAAUUACCUGUGGGAAUUGUAUUAUGGAGGGUGGGUGUGUGAAAAUGUUUACUACCUCGGUUGUUCUGGAGUUGUGAAUUUUGGGGGCCUUCGUAUAGGAGGACUUAGUGGAAUAUACAAACAAAGGGACUAUGGGCUGGGUCAUUUUGAAACGUUUCCAUAUACAAACGAUACCAUAAGAUCUAUUUAUCAUGUUAGACGUUAUGAAAUGUUUAAACUUAACAUGAUUAGACAACCUAUAGAUAUAUUCCUUUCUCAUGAUUGGCCUGAAAAUAUAACAAGAUUUGGAAAUGAGAAUAGACUUAAACAAAUAAAGAGAGGCCUUGCACCAGAUAUUGAAAAGGUCAGGCUUGGAAACCCAUAUUGCGAGUUACUGCUUUAUAAAUUAAAACCUAGAUAUUGGUUUGCUGCGCAUCUUCACGUUAAAUUUGCUGCAUUGAUACCUCAUGAAGUUCCACAAACAGCAACAGUUCCGAAUCCAGAUGAAAUACCUAUCUCGCUUGAUGAAACUAUUGCCAACCAGGAUGAAAUAGAUGAUCCGGAUGAAUUACCUUCUUUCAUCGAUGAUACUAAUAAUGCAAAUGAUGUUAGUGAGACUGAUAAGAUACAUAUAAUUAACUCUGAAGAAAUACCAGUUGCAGAUAAUAUGACAAUGGAAUUGCCACUAGAAUUGGAAGAUCUUGAUGAACUUUUGACUUCAGCAACAGUUCCGAAUUCAGAUGAAAUACCUAUCUCGCUUGAUGAAGCUAUUGUCAAUCAGGAUAAAAUAAAUGAUCCGGAUGAAUUACCUUCUUUCAUCGAUGAUACCAAUAAUGCAAAUGAUGUUAGUAAGACUGAUAAGAUACAUAUAGUUAACUCUGAAGAAAUGCCAGUUGCAAAUAAUAUGACAAUGGAAUUGCCACUAGAAUUGGAAGAUCUUGAUGAACUUUUGGCUUCAGCAACAGUUCCGAAAUCAGAUGAAAUACCUAUCUCGCUCGACGAAGCUAUUGCCAAUCGGGAUGAAAUAGAUGAUCCGGAUGAAUUACCUUCUUUCAUCGAUAAUACCAAUAAUGCAAAUGAUGUUAGUAAGACUGAUGAGAUACAUAUAAUUAGCUCUGAAGAAAUGCCAGUUGCAGAUAAUAUGACAAUGGAAUUGCCACUAGAAUUGGAAGAUCUUGAUGAACUUUUGACUUCAGCAACUUCUUCCAAUACGCAGACUUCGUAUACGCGUUUUUUAUCACUCGACAAAUGUUUGCCUGGUCGCGAGUUUUUACAGGUCUUAGACUUUCCUGAAGCAAAUGGACCUAUGGAAUUUAGUUAUGACGAAGAGUGGUUGGCAAUAACGAAGGCAACAGAUCAAUUUUUCUCGGUUACAUAUAAGCAGGUUCCUUUACCGACAGAAAUUCAGAUUCGAGAGCAAAUUGAUGCUUCUCAAGAAUGGGUUCGGAACAAUAUUUUACAAAAAGGCCCUGGACUUUUGAUUCCUAAAAAUUUUCGUCCCACUGCACCUGCACAUAAUGCUAGCGAUCAACAGCAGUAUAGUUAUCAUACUCCGUUCUUGAAUCCACAAACAAUCGCGUUUACUCAAAUGUUAGAGAUUGAGAACAAGAUUAACCCAAGCGGUCAAACUGUUAGGGAAAAGUGA